AUCUUCGGCGUUCUCUUUCCUGGCAGCCCGGCAGUAAAUGCAAUCCUGGCGACCCUCUACAUAUCAGGCCCGCCAAACUUCCUCCUUGCGCUAUGUCCACCCAACAUUGACCCAUCAUCGCUGUCCGUCAUGGUGGCUUUUGCUGUGGGUGGCCUGAUGGGCGACACAUUAUUCCACCUGCUUCCGGAAAUCUUCUUAGGUGAAGAUAGCCCAGAUCAAGUCAGAUUCGUAAUGGUGGAGCCUAAUAGAAACUUGCUACUGGGAGCCGCCAUCAUGGUAGGAUUCAUGACGUUUGUCGCUAUGGAUAAGGGAUUGAGGAUUGCAACGGGAGGCGAAGGCCAUGACCAUAGCCAUGGUCAUGCUUCUGAUCCUGUAUUGGGCGCGGAGAAGAAGGAUAUAAACCCGAGUGUUAAGUUGGGCGGCUAUCUCAACAUGAUUGCUGACUUCACCCACAACAUUACUGAUGGUUUAGCCAUGUCUGCCUCUUUCUAUGCAUCACCUACCAUUGGAGCCACGACGACCGUGGCGGUAUUCUUCCACGAGAUCCCACACGAAGUAGGCGACUUUGCUCUUCUAGUGCAAUCUGGCUUUUCCAAGCGAGCCGCCAUGGGCGCGCAGUUUGUUACGGCUGUAGGUGCGCUGCUGGGUACGUUGAUUGGAAUUGCUGUUCAGGAGUUCGGAGGUCAUUCCGCAAGCGAGACUUCUGUUGGACUUCAUGGUGGGUUGUUCGGCACGUCUUUGAUGUAUGGUGACCUGCUUUUGCCUUUCACGGCGGGUACGUUCUUGUAUGUUGGGACCGUGGCCGUGAUCCCGGAGUUGCUCGAGACGGGACCCAACAAGAAGGCCGAGCUGAAGAAAACCCUCGUCCAAUUUGCUGCAAUUGCGCUAGGUGCUGGCAUCAUGCUAUACAUAUCAUGGGACUAG